CUCUGGGGCAGGAGGGGGUGGCCCUGAACUGGGGCCCGGGCCCGCCUGGCCUCCUGCCGCCUUGCUGGGGACAGGGCCUGUCCCGGGUCUCCACUAUGCCCCAGGCCUCAGAGCACCGACUGGGCCGGGCCCGUGAACAGCCCAUCAGUAUCCAGCCCCGGGUGGGAACCAAGCUGCCCAUCGGCUCCAGGGCCAGGAGCAAGGAGCGCCGAAGCCCAGUGCCUGCGCCUAACCCCAUGCUAAGGCCACUGCCCCCUCGGCCUGGACCCCCUGAGGAAAGGUUCAAGAAACUGGAGCUGGGUCGGGGGAGAAACUCAGCCCCUCGCCCCAGGGGCCCUCUCCGGGCUGAUCACGGAGUGCCUCUGCCUGGCUCACCACCUCCCGCUGUGGCGCUGCCCCUGCCUUCCCGUACUAACCUGGCUCGGUCCAAGUCUGUGAGCAGUGGGGACUUGCGGCCAGUAGGGGCUUUAGGUGGACAUCGAGGCUGCGGGGAGCUUGGGGCUGCGCUGAGCCGCCUAACUCUCCGGCCAGAGCCCCCAGUGCUGAGGCGCAGUACCUCUCUUCGAAGACUCGGUGGCUUCGCUGGUCCCCCUACCCUGAUAACCAUUCGGUCAGAGCCCCCUCCCACCCAUGGCCCCUUUCUCACGUCUGCCAGGCCCCUGGAGUCUGUCCACUCCGAUGACAAAAUGGCUCAUCACACACUUCUCUUGGGGUCUGGCCAUGUUGGGCUCCGGAACCUGGGUAAUACGUGCUUCCUGAAUGCUGUGUUACAGUGUCUCAGCAGUACACGGCCGCUUCGGGACUUUUGUCUUCGAAGAGACUUUCGGCUGGAGGUGCCUAGUGGGGGCCGUGCCCAACAAGAACUUACUGAAGCCUUUGCAGAUGUACUGGGAGCUCUGUGGCACCCUGACUCCUGUGAAGCUGUGAACCCUACACGUUUCCGCACUGUCUUCCAGAAAUAUGUCCCUUCCUUCUCCGGAUACAGCCAGCAGGAUGCCCAGGAGUUCCUGAAGCUCCUCAUGGAGCGGCUACAUCUAGAGAUCAACCGGAGGGGCCGCCGUGCCCCUCCCAUCUUGACUGAUACUCCAGCCCCCUCUCUACCCCGACGAGGGGGGGCCCUGCUUGAAGAGCCUGAGCUGAGGCUUUCCAUAAUGCCCUUACCUUCUGCAAGUGAUGAUGAUCGAGCCAAUCUAAUGUGGAAACGUUACUUGGAUCGAGAGGACAGCAAAAUCGUGGACCUGUUUGUUGGCCAGUUGAAAAGUUGCCUCAAGUGCCAGGCCUGUGGGUAUAGAUCUACAACCUUUGAGGUUUUUUGUGAUCUGUCCCUGCCCAUCCCUAAGAAAGGGUUUGCUGGGGGAAAGGUGUCUCUGAGGGAUUGUUUUAGCCUCUUCACCAAGGAAGAAGAAUUGGAGUCAGAGAAUGCCCCGGUGUGUGACAGAUGUCGGCAGAGAACUCGGAGCACCAAAAAACUAACUGUGCAGAGAUUCCCCCGGAUCCUUGUGCUUCACCUGAAUCGGUUUUCCGCAUCCAGAGGCUCCAUUAAAAAAAGUUCUGUUGGUGUUGACUUCCCCCUGCAGCGACUGAGCCUAGGGGACUUUGCCAGUGAUAAAGCUGGGAGUCCAGUGUACCAGCUAUAUGCCCUUUGCAACCAUUCGGGCAGCGUCCACUAUGGUCACUACACAGCCCUGUGUCGGGGCCAGACUGGUUGGCAUGUCUACAAUGACUCUCGUGUCUCCCCUGUCAGUGAAAACCAGGUGGCCUCCAGUGAGGGCUACGUGCUGUUUUACCAGUUGAUGCAGGAGCCAGCUCGAUGCCUGUGAUAUUCCCUCCAAGUCCCAGGACCUGUGAAGCCCUCUUGAUGCCCAUAAAUCCCAGGCCUCCCAUUUACCUCAGAGACGUCUAUUUUUGUGUCUUUUUAAUCUGGGAGGGGCUGUCUCCCCUGUAUUUUUUUUAUUAAAAACAACCCCAUAACCCCUGGAGGCUUCCCCUUGCCUCCCAGACCCAUGUACAGAGCUGCCCAGCCUCUUGCCCAUGUACAGCCCCCAUUCCCGCUGCAGGCUCACUUUUUGUGAAUAAAUUUAAUAGGAAAAAAGCAAACGUGUCAGUCUAUGGUUAAGCCCUGCAGAACUG